AUGGGUAAUAGAAUAUCUUUUGUUAAUGAACAAGAUAAAGAAAUUCGUAAAUUUAAGCAUUUUCAACCUAAAGAUAUUAGAGAAUGGUCUAAAGAAUUCAAAUCUCUUUUUCCUCUCAAAUAUAUCACAGUUAGUGAUCUUUAUACUUUAUUUAAAACUCAUUUCCCUCUAAAUCUAACUAAUGACUUAACUAUAAUAACUCAUCUUAAACCAGAUGAUGUUACUGAAAUCAAUAAAUCUAUUAACAGGUUCUGUUCUAGGUUAUUUAAAGCAUUAAAUAUAGCUGAUAACGGUAAAAUUACUCUCACUGAAUUAUUAAUAUCUACUUCUAAGUUUAUAAGAGGAAGCACUUUUGAAAAAACAACCUGGAUUUUUAGAUUUUAUGAUAUCAAUCAAGAAGGUGAGAUUUCUAGAGAAACUUUCAGUGAGACAAUUGAUGAUAUGUUUUUGUUAAUUUAUGGUCAAUUUUGUAAAGAUAAGAGCAAUGAAUUAGUUAAUCAACUUUACAACUCUCUAAAUAAAGAUCAUAAUUCUUCACUGACUCUUGAAGAUUUUAUUCAACUUUAUGAAAAUCAUUUUGAUCUUUUAAAAAAUUAA